GCUCAUGCGCGGUGGGGACGCGGGCCCAUCGCUGCCCCGGCUGGCGCAGGCCGAGGAUGGCGGAGGGGGGCUCGGGCGACGCGGGCUCCGCGGGCAGCCUGCGCCCGGGGCUGCCGGGGCCACGGGGGCUGCUGGGCAGGCGGCCCGGCGCCCCCCCCGUCACCCCCGGGCGCCUGCCCUCCAUCCGCUCCCGAGACCUCACCCUGGGCGGCGUGAAGAAGAAAACCUUCACCCCCAACAUCAUCAGCAGGAAGAUCAAGGAAGAGCCCAGGGAGGACACCUCCGUCAAGAAGGAGAAGAAGGAGCGGGACCGGCAGCGCGAUGGGCACGGCCGGGGCCGGGGCCGGCCCGCCGUUAUCCAGUCCCACUCCAUCUUCGAGCAGGGUCCUGCUGAAAUGAUGAAGAAGAAAGCAGGCUCCUGGGACAAGACAGUGGAUAUGUCGGACUUUGGUCCUUCCCACAUCAUCAACAUCAAGAAGGAGAAGAGGGAGACGGACGAGGAGACGAAGCAGAUCCUGCGGAUGCUGCAGAAGGAUGAUUUCCUGGAUGAUCCAGGGCUGAAGAACGACAUCCGCAACAAGCCGGUGCAGCUGCCCCUGGCCCACUCGGGGUGGCUCUUCAAGGAGGAGUCGGCCGAGCAGGAGGAUGCUGAGCCCUGGCUGCCCGGCCCCAAGGAGGAGAAGAUGGAGCUGGACCCACCAGCGGUGAAGGUGAAAGAAGAGCCGUGCGAUGAGGACGUCCCCCGGCCCCCGCCGAGCAGGGCCCCCCCCGGCUUCCCCCGCGACGUGUCGGUGGCCGAGCUGCUGCAGCGCCUGCGCCUCUCGGCCGAGGAGGAGCUGCUGUUCCUGCAGCUGCCCGACACGCUGCCCGGGCAGCCCCCCACCCAGGACACCAAACCCGUCAAGACGGAGCUGCACAACGAGGAGGGGCAGGUGGUGGUGGUGAAGCAGGAGAAGAGCCAGGAGCUGAGGCAGGCAGAGAACACGUGCACCCUGAGCGACCUCCCCGAGGGACAAGUGGGGAAGCUGCUGGUCCGCAAGUCGGGGAAGGUGCAGCUGGUGCUGGGCAAAGUGACCCUGGAUGUGACCAUGGGCACCCCCUGCUCCUUUCUGCAGGAGCUGGUGUCCGUUGGCAUCGGGGACAGCCGCACGGGGGAGAUGAUUGUCCUGGGCCACGUGAAGCACAAGCUGGUUUGUUCCCCGGAUUUCGAGGCUCUGCUGGAGCACCGGCACCGGUAGCACAGGGGGAGCUGGGGGGGGCCCAGCCCCAUUCCCACAGCCCAUGGGGCUGAGCCUUGCACCGCUGGAGCCGCUGCAGCCCUCCUCCUCCCCUCAACCUCACCUCGGGGCCGUGGAGAGGUGUCUGCAGCGGAGGGCGCAAGGCCGGCUCCCGCCUCCUUCCCAGCCCUGCAGCGGAGCAGCGCCGGGGCUGGGGGGCUCCGGUGCCAGCCCCUGUGCCCCCUCCUGCAGCUCCGGGGGUGAGGAGCCCGGGGUGUCCCUGGCCUGCGCUGGGGACAGCAGGACCCGUGCCUGCGGGGAGAAACGGGGAAUAAAAACCUCUUUUUCCCCCGUU